GCGGCCGGCACCCAUCGAGGGCCGGCGGGGAAACCAGAGGGAGGGGCCUGCUUCGGCCUCCGCGCGCUGAGACGCUCUGCCCCUGGGCGCCUCUAUGGUGGGGAACCUCUCCUCUCUUCCCUCUUCCCCCCCCCGCGUGCGCCUUUUGCGGGAGGCGCGGGAUUCGAACCGGAGCCCGAGCGGAAACGCUUGGUGGGAGCCCUUCCUUGGGCUUGGGCUUCGCUUCUGGCCUCCCUGCCCGCUCGCCCUGAUGCUGCCGGCCGGCUGCGCUCCCAGGCUGGCUGCUCGGCUUACCCAGGCCUUGGAAGACUGCACAGAGCAAAAGCAGAAAUUGCAGCAGAAUCUAAUGCGGUGCCAGGCCCUUCUUAGAAAUUGGAACUCGGAAGCUCCUGAAAAUCUAAACGCUGAAGAGAACAAAACUGCUAAGCCAGAAAGUGAGACUUCAGCCAAGGACUGUGAGGAACUGGAGCUGCUUAACAAAGCCUUAGAAAAAGCCUUGAGGGUCCGAACAAAAUUCCAGCAGCCUCCGCCUGGGCGUAAAGAAGCCACACAAGUUGCCAAAAGGGACCCAGUUGCCAUUACUUCUUUAAAACAACAAGCAGAUCCUUCUAAGGAGAGCACCUCUAAAGCUGCUCAAGUCUCCUCUGUGAGCCAGAAGCCUGGGUCUUCCAAAAAGCCAACAGCGUACAUGCUGAAAGCUCCCUACAGAACCGACCCAGUUGUGAAAAGGCCCCAGGCCAAAAUGUCAGCGGCCCUGAGCUCCAGGAUUUCAAAGGUGCCAGGGAGGAGAAGGCCUCCUAAAGGGGCUGUCUCUCCUAAAGCCAAACUGCGUGGGAAGACACGCCAAGGACCUUGUGAAAACACCUGUGUUACAGCACAGCCUGGAAAGCAACUGGGUUCAUGUUCUGCAAACCCAGGCCCUUCAUCUGUGGACUCCAUGGGAGGGGGAGACUUCGCCGGGGCUGAUUCGCCCUUGGCCAAAGCACAGCGUGAUUGUUCCAGCGCUCCCGUGGAAUCUGGAGCUCCGCAGAGUCCUGCGGGAGGAAGCACCUUGGGGACAACGGGUCCAACGCCCAAAACGUUCACUCUUGGGGAAAAGGGGUCUUUACUGGAGCUGCCACUUCCUUAUCGGAAAGCUUUUACCAGGUAUACCAGGCUCUUGGAGAAGUGCGGCGUUUGCCAAACAAGCCCCACGGCGGCGGCUGCAAAGGGCCACUUUAUGGAGAAGCUGCAAGCAACCUUCCUCUCACCUUCACUAGCUUUCAGCCCAGCAGAGGUGAGAGAGGAGUUGGCGCGCAUACGUGAGGUCUGCUCUGUUGUACGAGAAGGCAUGGACUCCGAGAUUUCAGCUUCUCGGGGAGAAAACCCAACGUGGGAGAGACAAUAUGAAAGUCUUUUGACAGUGGAAGGCCUGCAAUCAAUAAUUAAAGAGUGUUUGGAUAAAGUGCACCAACUGAGAGAAGCCAUGGAGUCCCAUUCCAAGCUGCUUCCUGCCGGCACUGCUUGUGGUGAGAAAUGUUCCUCUGGGUGUUGCGCCUCCCUUGGAAAGCAACGGUGCUGGGAUGCCACAACUGUCGGGCCGCCCCCCCUGCUUGUUUACUCCAGCCUGAAAGAGCUGAAGGAGAUGGAGGCCUUGAAACUGAACAUUGCAAGGUUACACCAACAACUGGAGAUACAGAAGGCCAUGGAAACUGAACUCCUCCCACUUCUGGAACCUGGGCGCCUUCCAGAAGGUUCUGAAGCAUCGUUGUAUCGAGCCAUUUCUACACUGCUGUGCGAAGGGAGUGAGACCUUCCCAGUGCUGGUAAAGGAUGAGGAGCUUUUCAGCUGACCUGAGAUCAAGGACAGAGGUUGGACAGGGUGCCUUCAUGAGCAGCGGGACCCUGGCUGCUGUAACCUUUAAACAGAUUGAGGUCUUUGGACUGUUCCAUGAAUGGUCGAGGUUCAUGGUGUCGGACAGUGUUUUAAUCUCAUGCAUUUUAAUAAAAUAAAAU